AAUGAAUUUGAAAAAGCAUGUGGCAACUAUCAUGUACAAGUAGGCCUGUGUACAUGUGCAUGAAAGGGAGUACCGCAUAAAACCAUUGAUCUCAGAGUAACAAGCGCGUUGCUAUUUGUUGGGGGCGGUGUUCUAAUGUUUUUGUUAGCAUAACCUGUGUUGAUAAUUUUGCCGUUGUUGUGCAUUUCUUCGAGUGACAUUGAUAAAGAUUUUGAAGGAGUUUGUAAACUUUCAAAAUGGCACAUCCUUCAGCAGUAGACAACAUACUGCUAUGCACUGAUUCUUAUAAGGUGACUCACCACUUUCAGUAUCCCGAUGGGACGACCAACGUGUACUCAUAUUUUGAAAGUCGAGGGGGCAAGUUUCCUGAGACGGUUUUCUUUGGUUUGCAGUACAUCAUUAAGAAGUGGCUACAGGGGAAGGUGGUAACCAAGGAAAAGAUCACAGAGGCCAAGGAGUUUUACAAACUUCACUUUGGCCACGACGUCUUUAAUGAAGAAGGAUGGAACUAUAUUGUUGAGAAACACGGAGGUAAACUGCCCCUGCUCAUUAAAGCCAUUCCUGAAGGUACAGUCGUGCCGACCAAGAAUGUUCUGUUCACCGUGGAGAACACCGACCCCAAAGUGCCCUGGCUGACAAACUGGUUUGAGACUAUAUUUGUGCAGGUAUGGUACCCUAUGACCGUUGCUACUAACUCAAGGGCUCAGAAGGAAGUUAUUGCCAAGUACCUGAGUGAGACGGCAGACAACCUAGACUCCCUACCAUUCAAACUUCAUGACUUUGGAUUCAGGGGAGUUGGAUCAGUUGAGACGGCAGCCAUUGGAGGAUGCAGUCACAUGGUGAAUUUUAUGGGCACAGAUACUGUGGCUGGACUGGUACUUGCUAGGAAGUUCUAUGGUUGCGCGAUGGCUGGACAUUCCAUUCCUGCUGCAGAACACAGCACGAUCACAACGUGGGGUAAAAGCGGAGAGCGAGAAGCCUUUGCUAACAUGCUGCAGAAGUUCCCAGAGGGACUUGUGGCGGUGGUCUCGGACAGUUUUGACAUCUACAAUGCUUGCGAGAAAGUGUGGGGGGAACAGCUGAAGGACAUGGUCGUGGAACGAGGCAACAGAGAUGGUGUGCUGGUCAUACGACCAGAUUCAGGAGACCCCCCUGAGGUUGUGGAAAAGGUUUUGAACAUCCUUGGUAAAGCCUUUGGCACUGUCACCAACUCCAAAGGCUACAAGGAGUUACCCAAGUACCUGAGAGUCAUCCAAGGAGAUGGCAUCAACCUAGAGAUGCUAGACAAGAUCCUUAGCUGUAUGAAACGGGGUCAGUGGAGUGCCGAGAAUGUCGUGUUUGGCAGUGGGGGCGCUCUCCUGCAGAAAUUGAACCGUGACACGCAGAAGUGCGCAUUCAAAUGUAGCUCUUGCACCAUCAAGGGGGAGCGACGAGAUGUAUUCAAGGAGCCCAAGACAGAUCUGGUGAAAAAGUCAAAGAAGGGACUCUUAACGCUGGAACUGCAGAAUAACAAGUUUGUGACAGUCCAAGAAGGAAAAGGGAAUCCAGACAAGGAUCUACUCAUACCCGUGUUUAAAAAUGGCGCCUUACUAGUUGACUACAACCUAGCCGACAUCAGACAACGAGCAGAGCUUCCAUUGGUCAAGGAAAUGUCGAAAAAGUGAGGCGACCCCGGUAACAACAUUGACAGAAUUGUGCAGCUAAUUGAGGAUGAAUGAACUGUAGAUAUGACAGCAGGGUAAAUGGCAAGAUGUGUAAUAUAUUAUAACAACUAUGCAGACACAAUGGUUUAGGCAGGCUUUGAAAGAUUACUGCAAAAAUCUCAAGCUACUUGGUCAAUAAAUUGUUAUUAUUGAAUAUUCAUCAAUGAACGUUGCUUUUCAUUUAUAUAUAUUGAUACCUCGCCAUGCGAUGCCUAAAAACCCAUAAUUAUGCUUUUUAUUUUGUUGAGUUUUUACCAUGAACUGGCAUGGUAUCAUUCCCAGUUUAAUCUGUUAUCCGAUUUUGUUUAGUCCUUGGAAAACAUCUGAAAAACUUUGAUAAAAUUGUCUGAAAAUUCUAUAGAAGCCUACACCAUACAUACAUGGACGUACUAAUAUAAGUUAUCACACAAGCGCGAGCGGAAUACGGAAAAAUACAGUGCUUCUGUGUCCCAUAUCCAACGAGGCCAAGGCAGAGUUGGAUAUGGGAUGCAGGUGCGCUAUAUUUUCCGUUUAUCCACGAGCGCGUGUGUGAUAUUGUAUUUAUCUUCAAGCAAACUUGGUGCGUGACAUAGAAC